CUCCUCCUCAUCUCCAGACUCCAGCGCCCGUUCUCAAAACCCCUAGAAAAACAAGCAAAACCCUAGAAAUUCUCUCCAUGGACUCGAUCAGAUCCCCGUUCCUCGCCCCCGUUCCCUCCUCCCUCAAAGCCCAGACGCCCCAAACCCGUCAAAAUCCCCAAGCCUCGCUCGCCGUCCGCUCCCAUUCACUCUCAGCGACGGAAACCCUAACCCUAGAAACAACAAAAAACCCUUCAAGAAGAACCUUUGUCCGACGCACGACGCCCGCCGCCUCAUCCACUCCCAGCGCCCAGUACCUCCGCCGCCUCCGCCGCAACCAGGGGCCCCACGCGGAGGCCCCCCGGUGGGUCCGGAGAACCCCCGAGCAGAUGGUGCAGUACCUUGAGGACGAUAGGGAUGGGCACGUGUACGGGAAGCACGUGGUCGCGGCGGUGAAGACGGUGAGGGGGCUCGCGGGGAAGAGGGAUGGGGAGUGUGAUAUGAGGGAGGUGAUGGCUUCUUUUGUGGGGAAGCUGAGCUUUAGGGAGAUGUGUGUUGUGCUUAAGGAACAGAGAGGUUGGAGGCAGGUGAGGGAUUUUUUUGGGUGGAUGAAGUUGCAGCUUUGCUACAGACCUAGCGUGAUUGUGUACACCAUCAUUCUUAGGAUUUAUGGCCAAGUUGGAAAGAUCAGACUUGCUGAACAGAUAUUUUUGGAGAUGCUUGAAGCAGGCUGUGAACCAGACGAAGUUGCCUGUGGCACUAUGUUGUGUGCAUAUUCUAGAUGGGGGCGUCAUAAAGAUAUGAUGCUGUUCUACUCUGCUGUGCGUAGGCGGGAAAUUUUACCGUCCAUUGCGGUUUAUAAUUUCAUGAUAUCUUCUUUGCAAAAGAAAAAAUUACAUGGCGAAGUCAUCAAGUUAUGGAAAGAGAUGCUAGAUGCUGGAUUGAAACCUGAUAACUUCACUUAUGCAGUUGCUAUAGGUUCAUUUGUGAAAGAGGACAUGUUGGAAAAUGCUUUAGAUGCCUUUGUGGAAAUGAAAAAGUCUGGAUUCAUUCCUGAGGAGGAUACAUACAGCCUUUUGAUCAGCUUAUAUGCUAAAAAUGGCAGAGAGGAUGAAGCUUUACGACUUUAUGGAGAGAUGAAAUCUCAAGGCAUCAUUCCGAGCAAUUAUACUUGUUCUUCACUACUGACGCUGCAUUACAAAAAUUCUGACUACUCCAAAGCUCUGUCACUCUUCUCAGAAAUGGAGAAAAAUAGGACUGUUCCUGAUGAAGUGAUCUAUGGAAUACUCAUUAGGAUAUAUGGAAAACUUGGUUUAUAUGAUGAUGCCGAACAAACUUUCGCAAAUGUUGAAAAAUUAGGCCUCCUCACUAAUGAGAGGACAUAUGUGGCAAUGGCUCAGGUCCAUCUUAAUGCUGGAAACAUUGAGAAAGCUUUAGAUGUUUUGCAGCUCAUGAGAUCAAGAAAUGUCGAGAUAUCGAAAUUUGCAUAUGGUUUUUUGCUUCGAUGUUUUGUUGCCCAAAAAGAUGUUGGUUCAGCUGAAGUUACACUCAAUGCUCUAUCCAGGUGUGGUGCUCUAGAUGCAGUCUGUUGCAAUGACUUGCUUAAUUUGUAUCUUAGAUUGGGCCUUUUGGAGAAAGCAAAGGCUUUAGUUACACAGAUCAGAACAGAUCAAGUUCAAUUUGAUGAAGAGCUGUACAGGACUGUUUUGGAAGUAUUCUGCAGAGAGAGGAUGAUAGCUGAUGCUGAUAAAUUGAUAGAAGAGAUGGAAAAUAUUGGGAUGAGCAAGGAUAAGAUUAACAUGACAUCUGUGAUGUCCAUGUAUGGAGAAUGUGGAAGGCUUAGACAAGCCGAGAAUUUGUUCAAGGCAUUAGAAAAACCUGAUGCUGCAGCAUGUGCUAAUAUGGUCUCCUUGUUCUUGGACUAUGGCGACAUGUAUAGAACCAAAGAACUACUGAAAUCUCUAUUGGAAAUGAGUCGUGGCUUAUCAGUUGCUAGCCAACUGAUCAUAAAGUCUGUUAGGGAAGGAGAUGUUGCUAAAGCCGAAUCAUUGUAUCAUCAGUCAAUUGAGCUAGGUUUCCGACCCGAGGAUGCAGCAAUUGGUUCUAUUAUUAGUUUUUACGGCCGGAACCAGCAGCUAAGGAAAGCCUUGGAAAUAUAUGAAUCUGCAUCAAACUUUUGCCCAGCUGGAAAACCAGUUUAUAUUUCUAUGAUAGACGCCUAUUGCAAAUGUGGCAAAAUUGAUGACGCAACCCACCUCUAUAAAGCAAUGGUUGGGCAAGGGCAUGUUCCAGAUGCCGUCAUCAUCAGUGUUCUAGUGAAUGCUUUGAGUAAGAAUGGUAAAUAUCAGGAGGCAGAAUGCAUGAUCGAUGACAGUUUCCAUGGAAAUAUGGAACUUGAUACUGUGGCAUACAACACAUUCAUUAAGUCAAUGCUGGAUGCAGGUAAAUUGCACUCUGCUGUGAGCAUAUAUGAUCGCAUGAUAACAUCAGGUGUCCAUCCAUCUCUUCAGACAUAUAAUACUAUGAUUAGUGUAUAUGGACAAGGAGGGAAAUUAGAGAAGGCCAUUGAGAUGUUCAGCACAGCACAGAGUUUGGGCCUAUCACUUGACGAAAAAGCAUAUACCAACAUGAUUAGGCACUAUGGAAAGGCCGGAAGAAGUCAAGAGGCUUCUCUAUUAUUUACUAGAAUGAAGGAGGAGGGGAUAGAACCUGGAAAGAUUAGUUACAAUACCAUGAUUAAUGUAUAUGCCACAGCUGGACUCCACCAUGAAGCUGAAAAUCUCUUCCGUAGCAUGCAAAAGGAUGGUCAUUCACCUGAUUCCCUCACAUAUGUUGCUCUCAUCAAAGCUUACACUGAGACUCAUAACUACUCUGCAGCAGAGGAUAUUAUCCGUCAAAUGCAAAUGAGAGACCUCUCCCCUUCUUGUGCUCAUUUCAACCAACUCAUCUUCGCCUUUAUAAGACAAGGCACCAUUCGCGAGGCAGAAAGAAUCUACAACCAGGUGAAGCUGAGUGGACUAUCUCCUGACUUAACUUGCUGCAGAACUAUGAUGAGGGGAUAUCUAGACUAUGGGCUUGUGAAUGAAGGCAUUCUCUUUUUUGAAAGUAUUAACGGAUUCAUAAAACCUGAUGGAUUUCUCCUAAGUGCUGCCAUUCAUCUUUACGAGUUUGUGGGCAAGGAAACUGAAGCUGGGAACGUUCUGGAUACUAUGAAUAUUGAAGGGCUCUUGUUUCUGAGAAACCUGAGGAUAGGUUCCAAAUGUAGAACACCUCAAAGUCCAUAGAAUUUUCCUGUAUGGUUGAUUUGGGAGCUUAAUUUCUUGGAAAGAUUGGUUGCAACUUUUUCCAAUAAGAAAAAAGGCACCAAGUUAUGGCAAGUAUUCACUACCUAAGUGAAAUCAAGAUGCAAGCAAAUGCAAAAAAGAGAACUAUGGAUAAUUGUGGGUAUCUGCUAUCAACAUGCAUGAUAAGUUUUUCCAUCAUCAUGCAGAUGCUAAAGGGUUGUAUUACAUGUCAUUCCGGCUGCGUAUGAAGAUUUAGUAUAGAUCAUGGAUGUGAAGUAGCCAGUUUGUACUGUUACUGCCAGAAUUCAUAUGAGCGCAUAUAGCAAUGUCUUCCUCAGUGUCUGCAAGAUGGUUCUUAGCUCAACGUUACAAAUAUGGGAGGAGCUUAUCAGUGGAUGACAUUCUUUGAAUGGCAAGGGUCUCAAAUCUGAUUGCUUCCUUAGGGAAAUAGAAUUGUUAAGGAAAUGAAGAUCUGGACAAUCUUGGCACUUCUGUAUAUAUUUGUUUUAUUCCAUGUAACCUCAUUUUAAAGAGGAUUCUAGCAAACCCGAGAAAAAUUUGUACCUGUUGAGGAGUAAUUUGUUUGCCAAUAAAUUUAUCAGGCUUCAGAUCUCAUUA